UCUCUUUCUAAAAAUUCCCAAACCUUGCCGCCAAGAUUCUCUAUCUAUCAGCUCACUUGGAAACUAAAGCAAAAACUAUUGCCUACUGCAUGCAUGAUUGCAUCCUACAGUUGUUUGUUUCAAUUUUAGCACGCCUUUUCAGCUAGAAUUUUCAAGGCUGGUUUGAGGUAAAGUAUGUGCAGAAUUUCCCGAAUUUAGUUAUAAACAUGCAAAAAGAAGAAGAAGAAGUCGUGAAAUGUCUAUUUCCAUGAAAGGAAGUGAAUCCUCUCGUGCAGGGAAUAAGAUAGAAGAUCUCAAGGUGCAAUCGAGCAGUAUACGUGGCUUGUAGCAAGACGUGUUAUAACAAGUUCAAUCAGCAUUCGUGUCGCAGGGAGUUGAGUUGAAUGUUUUAGCAAACAGCCCGACACCAAGAAAACCAACAAAUGGAGUGGGUGGCUCAUGGACUUAAUUCAAGCUGAUGAAAACCAGCUUCUUGGCUAGUUGAAGUAAGAUUGUUCAGAUGAUAAAAAAAGACGACGGAUCAAACAGCUUGUGCAAGGGAUUUGCCCAAGGCUUCCUCAAACUAGCUUCCCGAAGUAUCUGUCCUGCCAAGAAACACAAUCAGUUAUUGAUUGAAAUGUUUAUACAGCCGAACAAAAGAUAUUGGGGCACUUUUCCCAAGCACCUUAUCCGCUUGUAAAGAGUACAGGCCGGAAAGAUAGAUUGUCUGUUGUACCCCUUGCCUCGAUCAUCCCAUUGAGGGCCUGUGCCAUAAAAUUCUUCAUCGUAUUCCGGGGUGGAUUUGUCCAGAUCAAUACAUGACUUUCCAGUUCGUAAUGCUACAGCAGUGGUUAUAGUAAGAAAAAUCAUACAAAAAGAAAAAGGGUACAAAAUAGCCAUAGUGGAUGCAUUGGAUCGUAAUUUAUAAUCCACCACGACGACGCAGUGAACAAGGUAUGGGACUCAUCAUCUUCAACCGUGCAAUCCCAUUUCUUGAGGUCCUUAUUCUCUACUUUUCUUGUUUUCUUCCGAAGUUUGGCAUUGCUGUGGACACAAUUACAUCCACACAACCCAUCACUGAUCCUGAUAGUAUAAUAUCUAGCAACAAUGGUUUUCAACUGGGAUUCUUCAGUCCCAUGAACACCACCAAUAGAUAUAUUGGCAUAUGGUAUAGCAACAUCCCAUUGAGAACCGUGGUAUGGGUAGCUAAUAGAGACAGACCUCUCACUGAUUCUUCCGGGACUUUGAUUAUAUCUGACGAUGGAAACUUAUUGAUUUUAAGCGGACAGAAACAGAUUAUUUGGUCAUCUAAUGUUCCAAAUCCUGUGGUGAAUUCUAGUGCUCAGCUGUUAGACUCUGGUAACCUUGUCAUCCGAGAUGACUCUGAUGGAAGAACAAUUUGGGAGAGUUUUCAAUAUCCUUCAGACUCGUUGUUACAGAGGAUGAAAGUUGGCAGUGAUGUGACGACACUGUUGAAAUCAUGGAAAAGCUCUUCUGAUCCAUCUGUCGGAACCUUUUCCGCUGGUGUUAAUUCUGCAACAAUUCCCGAAAUCUAUGUAUGGAAUGGUAGUCAUCCCUAUUGGCGGAGUGGUCCUUGGAACAGUCGAAUCUUUAUUGGCGUACCAUACAUGAACUCCAUGUAUCUUAAUGGUUUUACUGUCGUUCCUGAUGAUAACAAGGGAACUACGUAUGUCAGUUUCACUACUGGAAAUGAGUCUUUAAUGGAAUACUAUCUCCUGAAUCAUGAUGGAAACCUUAUGCAGAAGGAAACGAUUAAAUGGAAGCGGGAAUGGGAGGUUUCGUGGUCUGCUCUGGAGACAGACUGUGAUGUUUAUGGCAAGUGUGGGCCAUUUGGAAGCUGCAAUUCAAAGGAUUCACCGAUUUGUUCAUGUUUGAAGGGGUUUGAACCAAAUAAUAUAGAGGAAUGGAAUAGAGAGAAUUUUACAGGUGGGUGUGCGAGGACGACACCUUUGCAGUGUGAGAGAAAUGGCAGUGGCAACCUAGACCAGAAAGAUGGCUUUUUGAAGCUGACAACGAUGAAAGUGCCAGAGUUGGCAGAUUGGGUUUCUGUUCCAGAGAAUGAGUGUAAAAAACAAUGCUUAAUGAAUUGUUCGUGUGCAGCUUAUGCAUAUGAUCAGGGCAUCGGCUGCAUGUCAUGGAGUGGAAAAUUAGUUGACAUUCAGAAAUUUCCAAGGGAUGGGGCAGAUCUUUACAUUCGCGUGGCAUAUUCAGAGAUUGAUAAAAAGAGAAACAUAAAAAUUCUCACUGCAGUUUCAGUGAUCAUUGGAUCAAUAAUCAUGGCAAUAUGCGCAUACUUCACAUGGAUGUGGAUGGCCAAACAAAAAGGAAUGACGAUAAAAAGGUUGUUUAAACUUGAGAAGCGGUCACUGUCUCCAGAAUACUCAACUGAAACCUCAUUUGAAGAUAAUAUGAACCAAGUUAAACUUGAAGAACUACCCCUGUUCAAGUUUGAGAAGCUGGCAAUUGCAACGGGAAAUUUUGACAAGAACAAUAAGCUUGGACAGGGUGGUUUUGGUCUGGUGUACAAGGGGAAAUUACACGAUGGACAAGAAAUAGCUGUCAAGAGGCUUUCAAGAUCCUCUAAACAAGGGCUAGAGGAGUUUAUGAAUGAGGUGGUUGUGAUUUCUAAACUCCAACACCGCAAUCUUGUUAGACUCCUUGGCUGCUGUGUAGAAGGAGAUGAAAAGAUGUUGAUCUAUGAAUACAUGCCAAAUAAAAGCUUGGAUGCAUUUCUCUUUGAUCGACACAAACAAGAGCUCCUAGAUUGGGGUAAACUGCUCAAUAUCAUCGAGGGGAUAAGUAGGGGGCUCCUCUACCUUCAUAGGGAUUCUAGAUUAAGGAUCAUUCAUCGAGAUUUGAAGGCAAGUAACAUUCUGCUAGAUGAACAGCUAAAUCCAAAAAUUUCGGAUUUUGGUAUGGCAAGGAUUUUUGGAGGGAAUGAAGAUCAAGCCAAUACGAGAAGGGUUGUUGGGACAUAUGGUUAUAUGGCUCCUGAAUAUGCAAUGCAAGGGAUGUUUUCAGAGAAAUCCGACGUAUUCAGUUUUGGGGUGUUGUUAUUAGAGAUUGUAACCGGAAGGCGAAACACAAGUUUUUAUGAUGAUGAGCAAUCUUUGAGCCUUUUGGCAUAUACAUGGAGAUUGUGGAAUGAAGGCAAUAGCGAGCUUCUCAUAGAUCCAAGGAUAACUUGUCGAGAUUUCCAAAUGGAGAUUUUGAGAUGCAUACAUAUUGGACUACUUUGUGUACAAGAAUUUGCAAUAGAGAGGCCUAACAUGUCCACAGUUCUUUCUAUGCUAAGUAGUGAAAUUGCAAAUCUUCCCAAGCCAAAGCAGCCUGCUUUUACUCAAGGGCCAGUGUCGUCUACUGAAAGGCCAGUGUUGUCUGAGAGACAUUCUUCGCAACCUUGUACGAAUGGUUUAACUGUUACUAUUGGUGAAGGCCGAUGACGUGAGUCUCCUUGUGAUGAUAUCUUCUUCUUUCUCUUGUUCGUUUAUAUGGGGACUAAAAAACUGAAGUUUUGAAGUUCAGAAAGUCUACCUACACAGAUGUUGUGCAUAGAUCACGGUGUGGGGCCCACUACGGGUCCCACACAAAUGAUUUGAGCCGUUCAUUAAAUGUAAAAUAUUUAUUUGAGUGUCACCGCAAUAAAUCAGCUCAAUCGGAUAUCUAUAGGUGCUUAAUCCAAUCAUCUAACUUUUUAUUCAGAGUUCAAGACUCGGAUCGUUUAUGUGAGACCUGUAGUGUGCUCCACAACGCCAUGAUUUAUGCACAAAAUCUGUGUGGAUAGCCACGUAUUUGAAGUUACAAAGAUACUCUUUCUACUAUUUUGUGAGUGCUUAUUAGAUUUAUUGAUGCAGGAUAAGUGGCUGAAGCAUUUAUGGAGCAGUUGGAGAGUCAGAAGGCAAAGAAGAAGUCAGAAUAAGUAGCUCAAUGUGUCUUUUAGAGGUCCAACGUGGGUCCUGUAUUGAGUAUUGGAGGGUCAUUUAGUUAAGUUUUUUGUAUUGAGUCUCAGGAGUUUAAUGGUAUUUGUUGGAAAGUCCGAUAGUCAUGUGUUGGGAAGGUAAAAGGUUAGGUCUAUCUUCUAUAAAUAAGAUUGUAAGCCUAAGAACAAAUUAAUUUUUUUCAGUCAAUAUUAAUUCAAGAGUUUCUCUCUCUUUUC